AUGGCUCCACGCGAAAAGAGCCAGCUGAAGCGAGUUCGAGACUCGCCUCACGAAGCCGAUCCCACCAAAAAGCCCAGACGUUCGGAAAGACUAUCCCAGGGCAACGGCGAGCAACUAAAAACUCCCGUCACCAAGAAUCAACAGAAAUUGCCAUCGCCUGUCACGUACCAAGAGGACAGCAGCGGCACUGAGCACUACAAGGAGCCAACAGCCACUCCGCCAAAUGGCAGGCCAAGCCAGGUAGCCCGCAGAACGCCAGAAGACACGCUAGACUCCCAGUUCUCCUCACCACCAAACGACACACAAGCUUUUCCUUCGCAAUAUGUCGACCCCCAAGCCGCCCUAUCCGACGAGGUCGAAGAUGAGGUGAAGGAGGGAGUCUGGGGCUACCUCUUUCCUCUGGAUACAAAAUAUGGAAGAUGUGUGGUUUUGCGCAAAAGAGCACCAUGCCCUUUGCCUGACAGUGUAAGCGAGAUCAAGCCGGUCAAGCGCAAGAACCAAAAGAAGGCCCUGGAGCAAGAAGAGUCCUACGAGGAGUCAAAAACACACGGCACCCCUGCUGGCGGCUACUUGAUCGGACGACACCCAGAGUGUGACGUGAUUGUAGAUGAUCCAGUCAUCUCAAACCGCCACUGUCUCCUCUUUACCGAAAACAAGGGCAAUGACGCCACAGCAGUCUUGGAGGAUCUGUCCAGCAAUGGUACAUUCGUCAACGAGGCGUUGGUCGGCCGAAACCAGCGGAGAGAGCUGCAAGACCAAGACGAAAUCGCCGUCAUGGACAAAGGUCGAUUCAUAUUCCGCUACCCCCGAAGUCGCAUGUCAAGUGCCUUCCUCCAGCAGUACACUCUUUUGGAGCGGCUUGGCAAAGGUCACUUUGCCGAAGUGUUCCUGUGUGUGGAGAAAUCCACCGGCACCAAGUACGCUGUCAAGAUCUUCACAAAGCAGCCUGGUAUGGACGAGAGGUCCAAGACGGACGGCCUGCAACAGGAGAUUGCUGUCCUAAUGGGCGUGAGUCACCCAAACAUUUUAUGUCUGAAGGACACAUUCAACGAGAAGAAUGCAGUCUACUUGGUCCUGGAGCUCGCACCUGAAGGCGAGCUCUUCAACCAUAUCGUGAUGAAGCAGAAGUUCAAUGAGGAUGAGGCUCGAGCAUUGUUUAUACAACUGUUUCAGGGCAUCAAGUAUCUUCAUGAUCGCAAUAUUGUUCACAGGGACAUCAAGCCUGAGAAUAUUCUGGUAGUGGACAAGGAAAUGCACGUGAAGCUGGCUGACUUUGGACUCGCUAAGAUUAUUGGCGAGGAGUCCUUUACUACCACGCUCUGCGGCACUCCUAGUUAUGUUGCCCCUGAAAUCCUUGCAGACGGAAGACAUCGCAAAUACACCGACGCUGUGGACAUCUGGUCCCUGGGCGUGGUUCUGUACAUCUGCCUCUGCGGCUUCCCGCCUUUCUCUGACGAGCUCUACACCAAGGAGUUUCCCUAUACGUUGUCGCAGCAGAUCAGGAGUGGCCGUUUCGAUUACCCAUCUCCUUACUGGGACUCUGUCGGCGACCCAGCCCUGGAUUUGAUCGAUCGGAUGCUAGUUGUUGCGCCUGAGAAGCGUUUCACUGUCGAUGAAUGUCUCUCGCACCCGUGGAUCACUCAGAAGAUGCCCAAUCUGAACGACAGCACGGACGGUCUCGUGGACGGCGUGGGAGGUCUGCAGGUCAACAAGCGUGGCGUCCACCGCGAACGCACAUUGUUGUCCUCGAUCAACGAAGUCACAGUAGCGCGCAAGGUACCACUGGGUCCGGACCAAGAGGACAAGGGGCCUUUGGUGGUGUACGCAAAGAAUCAAACGACCUCUAGUCAUACAAACAUUAAGCCCCAGGAAGCCCGACCAGCUGAUCAGCGGACCGCCAAAGAGUUCAUGGAAAUGGGUGGAAAGGGUGACCAGGCACUUUUCGGCAACGACGACACCAGUUUUUACACCAAAGACGAAGCAUUGGCUGCCAAGGGCAAAUCGACAGUCAAUGGGGAGACAAAAUCCAAUGGACGGUAA